GUGGAGGGGCGGGGUAUGUGGGUGAGUGUGUGAAGUGUGAGCAGACCUGAUGGGACUUGCUCGGGCGCAGCCGCCGCUCGGGCCCGGCCCUGGGGACAGGGCGGGCUGGGGGCGCCCCAGAGUCCGCGGGGAGUCCGGGCUCGAGGUGCAGGCAGGCUGGCAGCCCGGCAGGGCACCCUCCCUCCUGCGGCCUGCAACGCUACCUGGACCCGUUUCUUAAGCCAAACAACUGGGCGCAGGGGGGUGGGGGGGUGGCGGGCUACGGAGGGGGGUUGUCAGGAGUGGAGCUCGGACUGAAUAAGAAAAAAGUGGCUACUCCCCCUCCCUUGCUCCUCCCGCCCGCCCCCAACCACCCCACCCCCACCCCAACACAUUUUUUUUUUUCUAAAGAGAUCACAAGGAAGUCUUGGUUUAAAAAGAAACAGAAACAUACACAGGGGGGUUGGUGAAUGGUCCCGACCGCGGCCAUCGCAGUUGGAAGCUAUUUUUUGGUGGGGGUGAGUAGUGUCCAUGGAGUUACUUUGCGCCCACUGCUAGAAGGCAAGGGCUCGGGUCCCUCGGGCUGAACCGCCCCUGGCAGAGGCGCGGGGCCGGGGACGCCGCGGGCCCCGUCGCCUCCCUCGCCGCGACCCCGGAUGGAUGCGCGCCCCCCGCCCGCCCGCGCCGGCCCCUGGAGCUCCGGAUUUCGGGAGCAUCCUUCCCGCGCCGGUCCCCGCCGCGGCGCGUAGCCGAGGGCAGCGCCCCUCGGAAGGGCACCACGGAGCAAGAUGGAAGAGAAGAGGCGAAAAUACUCCAUCAGCAGCGACAACUCCGACACCACUGACAGCCACACUACAUCUGCCUCAAGAUGCUCCAAACUGCCCAGCAGCACCAAGUCGGGCUGGCCCCGGCAGAACGAAAAGAAGCCCUCAGAGGUUUUCCGGACAGACUUGAUCACAGCGAUGAAGAUCCCAGACUCAUACCAGCUCAGCCCGGAUGACUACUACAUCCUGGCGGAUCCAUGGCGACAGGAAUGGGAGAAAGGUGUGCAGGUGCCCGCCGGGGCAGAGGCCAUUCCAGAACCCGUGGUGAGGAUCCUCCCGCCGCUGGAAGGCCCCCCUUCCCAGGUGUCCCCUAGCAGCUCCGAACUUGGCGAGGGCUCCCAGCCUGAUUGGCCAGGGGGCAGCCGCUAUGACCUGGACGAGAUUGACGCCUACUGGCUGGAGCUCAUCAACUUGGAGCUCAAGGAGAUGGAGAGGCCAGCGCUGGACGAGCUGACCCUGGAGCGUGUGCUGGAGGAGCUGGAGACACUGUGCCACCAGAACAUGGCGCGGGCCAUUGAGACGCAGGAGGGGCUAGGCAUCGAGUAUGAUGAGGACGUCGUCUGUGACGUGUGCCGCUCUCCCGAGGGCGAAGACGGCAACGAGAUGGUCUUCUGUGACAAAUGCAACGUCUGCGUGCACCAGGCCUGCUAUGGGAUCCUCAAGGUGCCCACAGGCAGCUGGCUGUGCCGGACGUGUGCCCUGGGUGUCCAGCCAAAGUGCCUGCUCUGCCCCAAGCGAGGAGGAGCCUUGAAGCCGACCCGAAGUGGGACCAAGUGGGUGCACGUCAGCUGCGCUCUGUGGAUUCCUGAGGUCAGCAUCGGCUGCCCCGAGAAGAUGGAGCCCAUCACCAAGAUCUCCCAUAUCCCAGCCAGCCGCUGGGCUCUGUCCUGCAGCCUGUGCAAGGAGUGCACGGGCACCUGCAUCCAGUGUUCCAUGCCUUCCUGCAUCACGGCAUUCCACGUCACAUGCGCCUUUGACCAUGGCCUAGAAAUGCGGACUAUAUUAGCAGACAACGACGAGGUCAAGUUCAAGUCAUUCUGCCAGGAGCACAGUGACGGGGGCCCAAGGGUUGAGGCCACAUCGGAGCCGGUGGAGCCCAGCCCGGCUGGCGGGGACCUGGAGAAGGUGACUCUGCGCAAGCAGCGGCUGCAGCAGCUGGAGGAGGACUUCUAUGAGCUGGUGGAGCCGGCUGAGGUGGCUGAGCGCCUGGACCUGGCCGAGACGCUGGUCGAUUUCAUCUACCAGUACUGGAAGCUGAAGAGGAAAGCCAAUGCCAACCAACCGCUGCUGACCCCCAAGACCGACGAGGUGGACAACCUGGCCCAGCAGGAGCAGGACGUCCUGUACCGCCGCCUGAAGCUCUUCACACACCUGCGGCAGGACUUGGAGAGGGUUAGAAAUCUGUGCUGCAUGGUGACAAGGCGGGAGAGAACGAAACACGCCAUCUGCAAACUCCAGGAGCAGAUAUUCCACCUGCAGAUGAAACUUAUUGAACAGGAUCUGUGUCGAGGCCUGUCCACCUCGUUCCCCAUCGACGGCACCUUCUUCAACAGCUGGCUGGCGCAGUCGGUGCAGAUCACAGCGGAGAACAUGGCCAUGAGCGAAUGGUCACUGAAUAAUGGGCACCGCGAGGACCCUGCGCCCGGGCUGCUAUCGGAGGAGCUGCUGCAAGACGAGGAGACGCUGCUAAGCUUCAUGCGGGACCCCUCACUGCGACCCGGCGACCCUGCCAGGAAGGCCCGUGGCCGCGCCAGCCGCCUGCCUGCCAAGAAGAAGCCACCACAGGAUGGGCCUGGUUCACGGACGACUCCGGACAAACCCCCCAAGAAGCCCUGGGGCCAGGAUGCAGGUGGCGGCAAGGGGGGUCCAGGUCAAGGACCACCUGCCAGGAAACCUCCACGGCGAACACCUUCUCACCUGCCGUCCAGUCCUACAGCUGGGGACUGUCCCAUCCCCGCGGCUCCCAAGAGCCCCCCACCGCUGGCCCCUGACACCCCCGACGAGGCAGCCCCCAUGGCUGCCGACUCGAAUGUCCAAGUGCCUGGCCCAAUGGCAAGCCCCAAGCCCUCAGGCCGGCUGCGGCAGUCCCGCGAGAGCAAGGGAACCCGGAGGUCAUCGGGUGCCAGGCCUGAUGCCGGGACAGGACCUCCUUCUGCUGUGGCCGAGAGGCCAAAGGUCAGCUUACACUUUGACCCUGAGACUGAUGGCUUCUUCUCUGAUAGGGAGAUGAGCGACUCAGACGUGGAGGCUAAGGACAGCGGGGUACAGCGGGGUCCCCGGGAAGCAGGGGCUGAGGAGGUGGUCCGCAUGGGGGUUUUGGCCUCCUAAGUCACCCCUACCCCUGUCUCAGGCCCUGCCCUAGUCCCCCAUGAGGCCUCAGCUCAGUCACAACUGCCAUUUCCAAUCUGCUGAGUGUCCCAAACUCUCAAGGCUGCCACUCCGUUGUGGUUUUAUUUUUAAUACAGAGAGAGUUCCGAAUUCUACACUGUUGUCUUUCCUCUGUGCUGGCCUAGGACAUUAGGAUUCCUCCCACAGCUCUGGCUGCAAGGACCGGGCCAAGUCCUGUGCAGCACCCAUGUGGCGGCGGCAGCCCCGCCGGCGUCGCUGGGCUCCUGGCUAGAUGCAGACAAGGUGAAGGAGAGCUCAGGACGCCAGCCCGCUGCCACUGGGUGACACAGAAUGUCGUUUGGGCAUUAUUUCAUGGCAAAUGGGCCAGCCUAGGGCCUGCCCACCUUGCCCUCAAAUUCCACUGGAGUCCAUUUGGGGGGUCCUGCUGCACUCCACUGAUCCCCAAGGAAGUCUAUAAUAAGUGAUACCCAGCCAGAGUCUACUCACUGUCACAAGCACAACGAGCUUACAUGAGAAAGCACUGAGGGGGCGCAGAGGGCCCUGCUGGUUCCAGGGGAACCACAACCGCCCCUGUCAACCCACAUCGAAGGCCUGCCCACCCACCCCGCCACCCUCCACUCCCUUGCUGCUCGGCCCCUGCCAGCGCCCAGCCCUGCAGCCCCGGGAAGGGGUUUCCGGGAUCCUUCCUGAGCUGUGCCACUUACUCAGGGGACUCCCAGGCAGCCAGCCACCAGUGCCAGUGGAGGGCUGCCAGGGAGGGCCAGUGCCCAGAUGGGGGCGUGGGCUCAGACUUGCCCGCUGCAGAGAAUCGCUCCGGGCUCCAACUUCCUUCCUUCCGUAGGAGCCAGUCUCGGCCAAAGUCUGGUCACUCCCAGACAGCUGACCAGGCCGUUCGCCUUUUCAGGUUUCCCAGUCCUGCUAAGAGAUGAGCUGCUUCCUCGGUUUCCUUCUGGAAACUCCUUCCAACUGGCAGUGGGAUCCCGGGGUCCAGGCGGCCGCCUUGGCUGCAGGGGCUGUUUUAAGUCUUGCUGGAGGCUCCUGGUUCCUCUCCCUGUGAGCCUUAACCCCCUUUCCCAACUGUGCCCUCCCUCCCCGCCACCCACCCGCCUCUCCUCCCCUCCCCUCCAGGUCCAGGCAGUUGCUCUGAAGAGUUUUAGUGGAGUGGCCCCAGGGUGAUAGCUCAGGGAACAAACAAGGAAUUCAGUGAAAACGUGUGUUUUUUUCAUUUGUGAAUUACUCCUGGGUCACUUCCGCCACUGGUAAAGCCAGAACUUCUCCAACAAGAACCUUGCAAAAGCCCAGUGACAGUCGAAUCAUUCUGUGGAUGCCAAAGAAUAUUUUGACCAUAACACAGCACAGCCUGGACCGAGCACCUUGUCACUUGGACUUUUUUUAAUGGAGGUCUUUAGCGACCGCUUACAGGAACAUGUCCCUUGCACACACCCAAGGAGACCAGCCCGAGCUCUUGGAAGAGGAUGCUGUUCGGCCGCCCGACUGUGGAAACCGGAACCAGGUGUUGGAUUUCAAAUCCUGGACUGGGCCCACCGUGAGCUUUCAGGAGCAGCCUCACAGUGGGGAGGGACACGCGGGAAACCGGCCCGGCCCAGGUCCUGACCGAGAGGUUCCCCCGUGCGAAUGAACACACAGCGCAAUUCGGGGAUCGGAGCAGCUUGACCACUCGCCCCCGACUCCGAAACUACCGAGGUACGACAGUGGCGUUGUCAUUGACACUCAGCUUUAUGUGAAUUUUAGCAAAACAGGAAACAAAGAUGAUGACUCAGUUCAGGGGAUCGGACACAUGUGUCCAGUUGGAAUGGACUCAGCAGGCUUCAAGGACUCUGGGCGUUGGGAUGGCAUGAGCUACCACGUAGUUUAGUCUGCCUGCCACCUGGGUAGCAGUGGCCAGUGCAGUGUCAGCAGCAGCGUCCCAACCCCGUUCUCUGUUUACUGCCUUUGAACAGACCUCCUUCCUCCCCCGUGCUUCACGUCACAGCCUUGUCUGUGCUGGAUUGCUCAGUCUGACCUCGCAGGAAGCAAGGGAUGAGCUUAAAGAACAACCAAACUUUCCCUGGGGUGAGGGGACUAGGGUGGCAGGAAUGGCUUAGGUCCAGGAAACUCAGCACUUGCCCCCUGACCCCUUCAUCCAUCCUGAGGCAGGGUCUGGGCCCCCUGGAGGCAGGAGAGAACCUGGGAGGGAGUACGGGGCAGCUGGCGCUCUUCAGGGGCCUCUGCUCAGGUUGGCUCUGGGUUCUGGCCCUCUUCUCUCCUGGCUCUUGCUUUGUUUGGGCAGAUUAUCGCUGGGGCAUGGUGUCUGGUUAGGCUGGUGGGGGCCCCUCCCAGGCCAGGCCAGGCCCUAACCUCCCUUCACCAGGCAGCUGCCCACUUCAGGAUGUCCACCUGCUGCAAGGAGGACGGGGAUGCCGGUGUCCACUUCUUCCCUCCAUUAGCCACGGCCCCUUCACUCUUUGUCCAGCCUCUGUCCAUCGUGUUGAAGGCCUUGCCACCCCUGAGGUUAAGGUGGGGAGAAGGCAGACGAGAAGAGGCCUUUCCAGGCCAGAGGCUGGGGCAGAUCUUGCCCUCGCCCACACUGCCCACACUCACUGGCCCUCAGGGAGGGAGAAGCUGCUGUCACUCAUCCUGGCCGUCAUCCUCAUUUCCCAGGCCCAGCUGCCCACCGUCCCCUCCCCCCUCAUCACAGUGAGAAAGGAUAAUGUGCAAGGGAAGUAUUUUUAUGGAUCAUAAAUGUAUUUUACAGCAAAUGAGGAGAAAGGUAGAAGGGUUUAUUUUAUUAAAUGAGCACUGACUUGGUGACAGUGCGUGAGAGGCCACCCAGGUUUCCACCUGGGGGCUGGACUGUGGCUGUGUCCACGUGCAUGCGUGGCCCUGCGCGUGGAUGGGCACACGAUGGGACGUGCUAGGGCAAUUCCUAGAGAAUCAGCUGCCCGGCUCCAACCGACAUGGGCAACAGCUGGACUUGGCCUUCCCUUGCUCACUGCUGGAGGUGGCCAACCUCUGCCCAUGUCCAAAGCUCUGCGGAAUGGUCUGGAUGCCUGUAGCAAGGCCCUUGGGGAGGCCACUUCCCGUGCCCCUGGCCCAGCUGGCCACAUUGGCCGAAGAGCCAGGGCUGGAGUCUGGGACUUUUGGUUGUUCUUUAGGGCACUUCCUGCCACCUUGUCCCUCAGAUGCACAACCCUCUGUGCUCCACGUCGGCUCGGGGUGAGGGGAUGAUAUGAAUGUCACAGGAGGAGACACCUUCUGUCUUUGUUUCAAAGAAAGUGAUGUGCCAUUUGUUAAUAUACAAGAGAAAUACUGAAAAUAUAUUGAAAAGAGCAAUUUUAAAUUAUUUUUGGCUUAUGUUGCAAUAUUUAUUUUCUUGUAUUAGAAAAGAUUCCUUUGUAGAGAAAAAAUGUAUUUUUCAUUAACGCAAAGACCUCUCUCUCCUUUUUGUACAUUGUCCGUGUUCGCUACCCUUGAUGAGCAAUAGGAUGUAUGGCCGCCCCGGUGUGGCCAGCGCCCGCCGUGCCCUGCAUGACGUGUUGCCGCUGCUACGUAGCUUUCAGUCCCUUCCUGUCCUGCUCACCCCUGGGCUUCCAGGCCUGGCCACCCCCAGGGCCUGUGUCUCGAGGAGCCCUCUGCACUCCUCAUGUGUUGGCAAACGCAGUUAAUAAAGCAAUGUUUUCUGUG